GAAUGUAUAGUCUCUGAUUUCCCUCAAUAUCAACAGUACGUUCUGAGAUCCCUGCAGUUAAAGGUGGAGUUGGGGUAGGUGUGGGGUUGUCACACUCACCUGCAGUUCACCGAGAAAAGCACUCACUUCUUUCUCUGCCUGAUUUAAGCUUCUUCAAUUCAGGAAAUAAAAAAAAUGAAUUACAGAGAGCUGAUCAUGUACACAGAAAUUGGUUGCUUUGUCUUGUGUGUUUCAGGCUGGAUAUUAGUUUGUUCCACCAUGCCAACAGAAUACUGGAAUUAUUCCAGUAUUGAUGGCAUUGUCCUCACCACUGCCAACUACUUCUCCAACCUUUGGAAAAGCUGCAUCUCUGAUUCAACCGGAGUGUCUGACUGCAAAGAAUUUCCCUCCUUGCUGGCACUACCAGAAUACAUCCAUGCCUGCCGAGCACUAAUCAUUACCGGUAUCAUCCUGGGGUUCUUUGGUGGAGUACUUGCUUUGAUUGGAAUGAAGUGCACCAAAAUCGGAGGAUCAGAGAUUGCCAAUGCUAGAGUUACUUUUGCAGCAGGAGUGAAUUACUUGAUUGCGGGCCUGACAUCAAUGAUAGCAUUCUCCUGGUAUGGAAACAAAAUCAGAGCCGAAUUUGUAGAUCCCAAUUUCAAAGCUCAGAAGUAUGAAAUUGGAGCUGCUGUAUUCGUAGGCUGGGGAGGCUCUACGCUGCUCAUUGUUGGGGGACUUGUGUACUGUAUCUUUGCAGGAAGAGAUGGGCUGAGAUCUAGGUCCAAUUACAUAUACAAAUCAGCUCCCUAUAAGACUGCUUCAACCACAGAUACAUACAGAAGGCCCCCACGAGUGGUCAGAAAAGGCAAAGCAAUCUUAGAAUCCAGAGACAACAGAAGCAGAAUACUAAGAUCUUUUGACAGAGAUGCCUACGUUUAAGAAGGGAAACGAGAGAUAUUUCCGGAAUGCUUUACAAAGAUGCCGGGCAAGAGACUUUGAAAGAAGCAGAAACCUCAUCUUACCCAAGACUUUUCUUCACAUUGCAACUGUAAGUGCAGAGACAGGCCGUGAUGGGAGUUAAAUUCACUACAACCAAUAUUUAAUCAACCUGCUAAUGCAUAACGUUGCUUUGUAUGUCGUUUGCUAUGAACACCAGAUGUGUUGUCUGAACCAUGUUCUUAAAGUGAAUAAAAGGACUUUGUUUUGUCUCAAAAUCUGAACAAGCCGUAAGGGAGAGUGAUAUCAAAGUCUUCCGACCGUGGGGAGAAAAAAGUUUGGGAGCCCAAUCAACUCCAUCAAGGGACCCAGAGAUCAAACAAUGGAGGGAAAUUUAAAACAAAAUCAGCCUGUUCUAGGUGCACUUGGCAAAAAGCAGCAACACCGGAAUGACAUGCCAAGUCCACAUAGAGGCCAAAUGGAGGAAAGACCUGAAGAAAGCUCCUGGAACUGUGAAGCAGCAAUGCCAGGCACCACUCCACCAGUUAAAGGGCUGCUGAUUAGUGUAUCAUGCAGCAUAAUGUCCUCAUUAUUGCAGUCUUGUGCUGUUUGUUUGCUUUGGCACCCAAAGAGAAAGCAUUGAACAUAAGGGAGGGGCCGAGGUCAUCGUGACUGAUGUCAUUUAUGAAACCCUUUCUUCAAACAGACCUCUCUUGUGCAAUACGAACAAUAUGAAGAAAGCCUUUUAAAAGUUAUGUGUACAAUUUCUAUUGUUGUUUGACACUUCCUACCGAAUGAGUGCAGAAAGAUACAGUGAAAGUUGUGUAGGGAAGCAGGAUUUUAAAUGCUGUGUUUAGUUUAUUCACAGCAACAUCCCCCAGGGAGAACACAUAACCUGGCAUUAAUGUUUUUGAAUAUCUUUCCAGCCUUGGACAAAGCAAACAAAUGGAACAGUAUAUUAACACAAAUGAGGAAAGGCAUAGUUGGUGUUAAUGUUUAAUUUCACAAUAUUGUGUGUACUUACCUAAAUAAAUAAAACAUUUUUUUAAAAGCAAAGUGACCUAUUUGAUCUAUUUAGCUGACCUUCAUUUCAAUAUGCACAUAAUGUUACUCCUGUGCAAGUUCGAGCUCACAAUCCCUUUUUACCAUGGGAACUGGACACAUUCACACAUGAUUCAAGCACCUCACAGUGGUGAGAACAUGAUUCGCAGUGCUGGAUUUCCCAUUAGGCACUGAAGGCACAGUGCCUAGGGCCAACGAAAUUUUUAGGGCCUACGAAGGAGGGAAACAUUAGUGACUAACGAAAAACGAGCCGAAACAACUUGCUUGCGAUGGACUCUAGGUGCUCCAAAUCAAUAAUCAUACGCCAUCUAGCGGCUGUUCUGGAAACUAGAAGUAAUGAAGUGAUGGUUGCUCAACUCACUUCACUCAAAAUAAUUCAAUUGGCGUUUACCCCUCUUUUUGCACAUUUAGGGCCUAUGAACACCAAAAUCUGGCCCUGACGAUCGGGGCAGCAGUCUGUGCCACCUGCCCCAAUUUAAAAGGUAAUUACCUCAUCAGCGUUUAAGCCAUGCCUGUCUGGCACUGUCAGUCUGGCACUCUGUAACUGGGUUUUCACCCGUAUAGCCUCAAAGUCCUUCUUGUACAAACCUGCCUGUCUGAGGGAACUUCAGUAAUCUGCAUAAAACUGUCAGAACCUUUUUGAUCUCGACUGUGAGCCAGGACCUGAUCACAGGUGGAUUCCUGCCUGAUUUCAAUGUGCUGCACGGCUGCUACCGCCUGCCUGCCCAGUGUAUCCUCUGGGCCCUUGCCCGAGCCAAAAACACCCCCCGGAACAUCAACCCGAUCAGGAACUCCCGCUGUAAC